AUGCGACUCCAUCCGAUAUUCGGCCUUCCGGCUUCGAUACUCAUACUCAUAGCUUCGCAUCUGACGUCUGCGGAGCUUCUUGAUAGUCGCAAAUCUCCGUCGCUCCAGCUCGAAACCGCAGACGAUGCUAAGCUGGAACACAAUGUUCUUCGACGAAGAGUUGUGGAAGAACAUCUGCGGAUGGGAAGGAGUCCUGUAGGAGUUAUGAAGAUGCCGGCGGAUGAGAACCAGAAGUUUUAUAUGGAAUAUUGGCAGUUUGAAGAAGACUCUACGGGAGCGACUUUGCAGUCUUUACAGUCUCUGCGACCUCGAGACGAUAACGAGGCUAGGUUAUUGUCGAAUGGCAGCUUAGCUAUCCCAUACCGAACGCCAUAUGCUUUACACGCCAAUUACGAUACGGACCUGAAAGCACGAGCAGCUGAGGUAUUGGCGAUACUGGAGAAGAGGGAAUUCAUAUGCCCAACUGGCUAUUCCGCUUGCACUGCAAUUGGAUUCCCCAACAGCUGUUGCGCAGCGGAUGAGAAUUGCUUUCGAAUAGUAGAGACAGGCUUAGGACCAAUUGGUUGCUGUCCCAAGGGGGAUACUUGUGGAGGAACUGUUUCGAGCUGUAGUGCUCCAAAUACGCCUUGUGCCCAGAAUUUGGGAGGUGGAUGUUGUAUUCCAAAUUAUGUUUGUGAAGGUGUUGGCUGCGUUUUUAAUUCUACAGUAACCGUCACUCCAUCUUCUACACGAAUUAGUACUUCUUCGAUACCUAUAAUUGUCGUCCCCAGUACCACAAUUGUUAGCACAACUGCCAGUACAACUACGCCAGUAACUACAACAACUUCAACCUCAAUAGCAAGUACGACCAGUAUUACACCUUCAUCAACCUCAACCACUACGUCCAGUUCAGCGACAGCAACAGGCGUUCCCCCAGUUCGGCCAACUAGUGCAACAUCCAUCACCUCUUCCCUGUCAUCUGCAACAGAAGCGCCAGGAACCGCAUGUCCGACAGGGUUUUAUGCAUGUUCGGCGCAUUACGAUGGUGGAUGCUGCCAAAUCAAUCGGGAUUGCGCAAAGAUAUCCUGUCCGGCAACAUCCUCGACCACAAUCAUUUCCAGUGGUCAAACCAUAGUUGUGCCAAUCGGAUCUGCAGCUACAGUAGCUACGCCAACAGGACCUUGCGCUUCAGGUUGGGCAACCUGUGCUGCCAGCGUGGGAGGGAACUGCUGUCCCUCUGGUUGGGAGUGCGGAACUGCUAGCUGUACAUCACUAAGCCCUACCGCUACUGGAGUGGUGCAGAAAGGAAGUCCUAGUAAAGGGUCGAGACUUGAUAUCGAAUUUAAAUUCCUAGCAUUUGCUUUUUGUAUAGCGGGGGCUUUGACUUUAUAG